AUGCAAAGACAUGGAGGGGAAAUCCUCUUCUUUCUGAUACUUGGAAUAUUUCUAACUGGGUUUUUAGGGAAUGGAUUCAUGGCACUGGUGACCUGCAUUGACUGGAUCAAGACUAAGAAAGUAUCAGCAGUUGAUCUCAUCCUGGUUGCCCUGGCCAUCUCCAGAAUUAGUCUAUUGAGCAUAAUAAAAUUGAAGAGCCUUCUACUCACAUUCUUUCUGGAUGGAUUAACUGAGAAGCAGAGGAUUUUGGAUAUUUUGUGGGUACUUUCCCACUUUUCAAGUGUUUGGUUUGCCACCUCCCUCAGUAUUUUCUACUUCCUCAGGAUAGCAAACUUCUCCCAUCCCUUCUUCUUCUGGCUGAAGUGGAGAAUCAAGCAAGUGGUCUGCAUACUUCUGGUGGGGCCCUUACUCAUGUCCUUGUCUGUUGAAUUUCUAUUGUUGGAGAGCAUUUACCACAAUAGAACCCUUAGCAGUACCGAAAAUGAGAGAAAUGAAUCUCAAGAGGUCCAGGUGAAUAGUAAUCAAUACUUUAUUGAACAGAUUGGCCUAAACUUUCUAAAUGUUCCCCCCCUCUUCCUGUCUACCAUAUCCUGUUUCCUGCUGCUCCUCUCCCUAUGGAAGCAUGCCCAGAGGAUGCAGCUCAAGGUCCAGACCUCCAGAGACCCCAGCUCAGAAGCCCACAUUCGAGCAAUGAAAGCCACCCUCUCCUUCCUCAUACUCUUGCUACUCUAUUUUGUGGGUAUCUACAUCACCUACAAAAACUUUUCAACACUAACCUCCAUUUUUGGUGUGGCAGUAAUGUCCCUUUAUCCCUCAGGACACACAUUCAUAUUGAUUCUAUGGAACAGUAAGCUUAGACUCACCGCCAUACUGGUGUGCGGGAAGAUAAAAUGCUAUUUGAGGGGCAUUCUGGGAAGAUAG